UCUCGACGCGGGUACCAGGUGUGGUGACAGCAGAAGCACCUGGAAUGUCUGUGAAAAGGAACAGUUGACUUUUUACUUUGUCAGCAGGAUGUCGCCGUCCAUUGUUUUCUUCGAACUGUACAUGAUAUGGAGCUUGCUAACGAGUUGCUGGUCUUACACCGAUGAUGUUAUGCGCUAUCGUUACCCAAUGAGAUACGGAAUGACGAGCCCUUCAGAUUUCGUGGCACCGAUUCGAGGAUGGUCGGCCGAAACGGAAGCGUGGCCUGCGUUCGCUAACGGGCCACGAAGAUCAGCCACGGGAAUCUUUCGCAGAGACACGCAAAUACGACCUUACGCGAAGCUAGCGAAAGUGGAGCAAAGAGUGGAGCCAGACCCGUUGGUCGCGAUCAGCGAGACUUUAGGCGCUUUGAACACGGUGGGCAGCUACAUCGUCAACAUGACCAGAGGCGUGGAGAACUCGAACUAUCCUCCGAAGGAAUUACCAUCUGCAAUAUACACCAUUUCGAAAAAUAUUCUAGGACGCAAUGUAACAGACAGUAUAGCGCCGUUGGUGCGCGGUGUAACUCUGCCCCUGAGAACGACGCCAGUCGCCACACCUUCGCCAGAUCGUUCCUCGCCAUCUCCGUCUGCAUCCCAAACGGAAGUCAUCGUUGAUCGAGAGAAGGAACCCUCGUCGGUGUCAUCUGGUUGCACCACGGCCGAGGGUUCUCCUGGAAGGUGUCAGGACCUGAGCAAUUGUCCCCAGCUUUUGUUAGACCUGACCAAACUGAGGCAAUCGUUGUGCUUCAAAAGUUUAUUCGUACCUGGCGUGUGCUGUCCGUUGUCCGAAAAACCCGACGUCGCGAGCGUCGCACCUGGCGUAAUUCCCGCGGCUGGAAUCGUGUCUGGCAUACAUUCUCCGAGACCAACGAUUCGUCCAACGAAGCCACAGACACCUCGACCUAUUCCACUAUUCCCCGUUGCGUCAACGACGACGAUUAGACCUCCCAGCGUCGCUGGAUCCGUUCCGGAUCCCUCGUCCAACGAGUCGUACGGGUUCACUGAACCCACCAUCGCCACGAUCGACAAUAAUUUCAUUCAGGACGACGAAGAGUGCGGGGUGAGAAAUUCGGGUAAGUAUCGAGUGGUUGGCGGCGAGGAAGCACUGCCAGGACGUUGGCCUUGGAUGGCAGCGAUAUUCCUGCACGGCUCGAAACGCACGGAAUUCUGGUGCGGGGGUUCCCUAAUCGGCCCAAGACACAUUCUCACCGCGGCUCAUUGCACGCGCGAUCAGCGUCAACGGCCGUUCGCAGCGAGGCAAUUCACCGUGAGAUUAGGGGACAUAGAUCUCGAGAGGGACGACGAGCCAUCCGCACCGGAAACGUACGCUGUCAAGAAAAUACACGCCCAUCCGAAGUUCUCGCGUGUUGGAUUUUACAACGAUAUCGCUGUCCUCGAGCUGACCAGGCCUGUUCGAAAAUCGCCAUACGUGAUACCCAUUUGCAUGCCGCAAUCGAGGUAUAGGAACGAGCGAUUCGCUGGCGCCAGGCCCACUGUAGUCGGAUGGGGUACCACUUACUAUGGAGGGAAAGAAAGUACCGUGCAACGACAAGCAGUACUUCCGGUGUGGAGAAACGAAGAUUGCAACGCGGCUUACUUUCAGCCGAUAACGAGCAACUUUUUGUGCGCUGGUUACAGCCAAGGCGGCAAAGACGCUUGCCAAGGUGAUUCUGGAGGACCAUUGAUGCUCAGGGCCGAUGGACGAUGGAUCCAGAUUGGUAUCGUUUCCUUCGGCAAUAAAUGCGGAGAGCCUGGAUACCCAGGAGUUUAUACGCGAGUCACCGAAUACACCGAUUGGAUAAAGAGUAAUUUAAAGUGAUCGCGAAACGCGCUCGACACCCUACUUUCCAAUGAGAAUUUAUUGCCGUCGUAUUCUCGUCAAACGCGAAAAUACUUGACACUGGAGGGUGUUAUCGCAGCGUAUGACCGCUCGUUACAUUAUUUGUACAUACUUGUGCCAAGGACUAUUAUUAUUUAUAUUUCAUAUUAUACAUAUUCAGAAUUAGCAUUAAUACACGUGUGUACGUGUUGGAGUAAAUCGCACCCGACUUACCACGACUCGAAGUACUCAAGAAAAAUUCUAUUUUAAGAAGUUACAACGAAACAAUUGUCGCCUUUUUCUAUUCGAGCAAGAGUAAAACGAUUGAUACACAAUAUUAAUAAAUUAAUUCUUGUUACUUAUACGCAGAUAAGUACGUAUACCUACCUAUUUAUAUACUUAACAAUACAACGCAAACAUGGUCGCAGUCGAUCGACCUGUUUGUCGACUGUUCCAACUCGAAUCAUCUAUUCAUCAAUUCAUUCAUCAAUACAUUCAUUCUACACAAAUCACAAAUCUUGAUAUCUUUGGUUUGCUGAACGUACAGACAAAUUGUCCAGUUUGCUUGGUCCUUGACCAACGAAACGAUCGAUUGAGGUUUCGAUGUUUCUAAAAUGAAAACUCAGAGCGUUUCGGUUCAAAAUUUGGAGAAUGUCGUGAAGCAAAUGGUGAACGAAGCGUUGGAAGAUAACGGUUAGUGGAACGGAUAACAUUAUACUCUUUCGAUUUUAAAAUCUACGUUUGCAUUCGACUGUAGAUCAGGUAGUCAAGUUUCAUCGAAUGAUUUACGAGGAAUGGUAUUUCAAAAAAUUGUCCGGAUCGAAAGACACGACGCAUGAUGAAAAUGAAGUAAAACCGCUAGAAGAGAACGAACAGGUCCGUCUGUGUUACGUAGUACCGACUUAUAUUAGCUAUGUUGUCUUUCGUACAUUAGGAUUUUCAUCAUUUAUUUUCAGAAUAUAUCGGCAACCGUGACGCAUCGUAGAUCGCGGCGGUACAAAUAUAAACGGCAAAGAAGUCGAUCUACUACACAGGUCGACCCGACGGAAACUAAAACCGAUAGAAAAAGUUCCGAAAUUUGGCGUGUACAGAGUCUGUCUCGCGGAAACGAGGACAAUUCGGCCGACAACCAAAUCGACGUUGCGUCAAAUAAUUCGGUUAAAAUGAAACAUUGCGAUUAUCCGUAUCAUUAAAAAUUUAUAAAUUCUGAUGUCAUUCCAGGGAGUCGAUCGUGUUAUCGAUUGUAAUAAUGUUCAGCAUGAUACGACAAUUAUUGAAAUUUGGAAUAACUCCUUUAAACAACCCAAGCAAUCAAGAAACAAGACGAAGGAUGCAGUUAAAGAAGACCGUGUAUAUUGCCCCGAUAAUUUCAAACCGUCGAGGGAGCAACGAAACGAAAGGAGGAUAUCUUUCGAAGCUUGGAAAGAUAGAAAGACUAUAGAGUAUAAACAAAUACUGAAAAAGAAAGAAUACGAAAGACAGCAACAGAUAAUAGCGAAUCUGGAAAAUAUGGAACGGAGAAAGAUUGCUCAGCAGGUACGCGCUGUAACUAAUUGAAUUUCCUGAAGAUUUGUGAUGGUUCCUAUUUUUGUAAUAAGGAACAAGCGCGUAAAAGACGGCAGCAAAAACGGCAACGAGAUCAGAAACUAUCGAAAAAGUAUCUCGAAGCGAUUGCACAAGUGAACGCUAUCGCCGAAUCUAAUCAAUCUAACGUCGAUGAAUCGGAAAAACAGGAGAACGCAAAAUCUGAUCAAAAUAAAAGGACGAUUUCAACGACACG